CGCGAUGUGUUCCAGCUCUCGAAAAACUAUAUGAAGUCGAGUGAUCGUCGUCGUUGAAAACAAUUCCAGUCCAGGAUCUCCAGCUCCAGCUCAAGCCUCAAGCCUCAAGCCUCAACACCGCUCGAAUCCACCAGUCCAGUCUGCCGGCAGCUUUUUCGACUUCUCUUCUCAAGCCCAACUUUUCAAAACAUCCAAAUCAGUCUUCGGUUCCCAUAAGCCAAAAUGAAGUUCAACAGCGCCCUCCUCUUCCUCGCUAGCACCCUGGUUGCUGGUCUUCCCGUUGCCCCCGAGGUCGACACCGAUGUCGUGGCCCGGUCUGACGAGGCCCAUCUCAUCGAGGCCCGCCAGAGCAACACUCGCAAUGAUCUCGAGGAGGGCAGCUCCUCGAACUGCCCCGAGGUGAUCCUGAUCUUCGCCCGCGGCUCCACCGAGUCUGGUAACAUGGGCAACACUGCCGGACCCGCCCUUGCCCGGGCCAUGGAGCGUAAUUACGACAACAUCUGGAUCCAGGGUGUUGGUGGCCCCUACACCGCCGACCUGGCCCCGAACUUCCUCCGCGCGGGCACCAACCAGCAGUCCAUCGACGAGGCCAAGAGGCUCUUCACCAUGGCCUACACCAAGUGCCCCAACACUCCCGUCGUCACCGCCGGCUACAGCCAAGGUACCGCCGUCGUCGGCAACGCCCUCACCGAGCUUAACCGCACCCCUAUCCAGGACCAGGUCGUCGGUGCCGCCCUCUUCGGCUACACCAAGAACCUCCAGAACCUGGGCCGCAUCCGCGACUACCCGAGGUCCAACACCGAGGUCUACUGCCAGCUCACCGACGCCGUCUGCUCCGGCACCCUCUUCAUUCUGCCCGCCCACUUCCUCUACCUCGACGAUGCCGCCAUUAGCGCGCCUCGCUUCUUUGCGCGCCAGAUCCGCCGCGCUUAAGCGGGCUGCUGCUAGCCUGCUGCGGCGGCGGCCCGCGCUGGGGGCGUUCAUAGGGGGCCGGCAUUCCCCACGGUUGGAAAAUCCGGGGUAUCCCGCUGGUUCUUUUCCUUCCCCAGUUGGGUCUUUUCAUUUCAUGGCUGUACGCUGCUGCUCCGCGGUGUGUUUAGCCUUGGGGCUUUUCUGAACAUUUCUUUUUUCCAACUGAAAGUGGUGUUUUCAGUUGCGGCUUGAGGUGGGGGGUGGAUUUUGAGAAUUCAUGUCCCACAAUGACUCGUCGGACUUUUCCAGG